GACACAAUAUAAUCAUGAAUCAAAACGUGUCUCUCACUACACUCCGCCAUCGAGCUUACUCUAUCCGCAGCCAUGGCUUCUCUCUCCAUAACACUCCAAGCAAGGUCCCUCUCUUCUUCACCGCUUCUCCAAUCUCGGCCACGACUAAACCCUAACCCUAACCCCCUGUUCCACUCUAAACCCUACUCAAUCUCCGACCGGAACCCUUCAUUGUCCAAGACCAUACUCCCUCAAACGAAACGCAUUUUCGCGAUCUGUGGCGACGGAAGACGAGAUCCAUGGGAGGAGAAUCAGCGGAGAAUACCCUUUUCCGACGUAGCCGUGGACGGAAAGAAAAGGGCGUUUUGGAAAAGGAGAUGGAACUACUGGGACGCGACUAGGGCAUCGGAGAUUGCGUGGGUUCAUGUUCUCAGCCUUUUGGCGCCGUUUCACUUCAACUUGGCGGCUCUGCGUCUCGCUGUCGUAAUCCAUCUGAUUGCUGGAUUCGGUAUUACGUUGUCGUAUCAUCGGAAUCUUGCUCACAGAAGCUUUAAUCUGCCGAAAUGGCUCGAGUAUUCCUUUGCUCUUUGUGGUACCCUUGCCGGUCAGGGAGAUCCGAUAGAAUGGGUGAGCUAUCAUAGAUACCACCAUCAGUACUGUGAUACAGCACGUGACCCUCAUAGUCCCAAAGACGGGUUUUGGUUCAGCCACAUCUUCUGGAUCUUUGAUACUGAUUAUAUCGCCGAGAAGUGUGGAGGCAGGAGUAACGUAGAGGACUUGGUGAAACAACCAUUCUAUAGGAUCCUUCAAAGGACAUGGAUUUGGAGCAACGUUGCCCUCGCCCUUCUCCUUUACAUGUGGGGCGGCCUGCCGUUCUUCAUCUGGGGGUGUGUGAGGAAAGUGUUUACAUUCCACGGCACUUUCCUAGUGAAUUCAGCUUCCCACGUUUGGGGGAAUCAAGUGUGGAAAACCAACGAUUUGUCGAGAAACAACUGGUGGGUGGCGGUGAUAGCGUUGGGCGAAGGCUGGCACAACAACCAUCACGCGUUUGAAUUCUCGGCAAGGCAAGGACUCGAGUGGUGGCAGCUGGACGUUACUUGGUACAUCAUAAGAUUUCUCCAAGUUAUCGGGUUGGCCACUGACGUUAAGUUACCCACGGAAGCUCAAAAGCGAAGGAUGGCUUUGGACUGAUGAUGAUGACGACUUAUCACACCAAGGACUAAGGUUGUGUAACAUAAAAUCCAACAUGAAUGUGGUUAAAUUAAGUCGAAGCCUCUGGUCUUAUGAGACCAAAAAGAGUCUAAAUGGGUUAAAUCCUCGUAACUUGUUACAAUAUAGUAUCUAAACUACCAGAUUUUGAUCUGCUAUAUUGGUUAUAUUCGUAUAUAUCUUAUUCCUUUUAUAUAGGAUAGUUGGUUUAUUUGCUUCUGUAUAAAUGUAUGUAUCUUUCAUGGGCUUGAAUAAGAAACAGAGAGAGUUCCUUUUCUC